AUGUUGAUUACACAUAAAAAAAUAUUCUAUAUAAAUUCACAUAAUAGAAUCAGUGUUGGAAGAGGAUUAAAUACUUUUGAAUUGAUAGAAGAUGAUCAAUCAACUAUUAUUUCUAUCCCUGUUGGUAAUUAUUCAAGAAAAUCAUUGCAAGACACAUUGGAAAAGCAAUUGAAUGCAUUGUCACCAAACAAUGUAAAGUAUGCAAUCGGUUGGCCGACAUCACAACAACCAAAUACUGGUAAAUAUAUUUUUACUUGUGCAUCAACAAGAGAUAUUCAACCAAUCUUUUCUUUUACUAAUCAAUUAUUUCGUCAUUUAGGUUUUAAUAAAGAUUCAAAAAAUCCAUUCAAGAAUAAUAUUUUGGAAUCAACCAAUGUAAUCAACUUACAAUCUGACAAUGUAUUGUUUAUUCAUUCAGAUUUAUGUAGCAAUGGAGAUGAUGAUAUAUUACAAGAGGUUUAUUCUGCAGCUGGUAAUGCAGAUUUUUCAAAUAUUCAUUGGCAAAACUAUGAUGUUGAAUCAUAUAGUAAACAAUUGGUAUCAAAUACAAAGACAAGCUUUACCAUUUAUUUGACAGAUCAAGAUGGAAAUGAAGUAAAUUUAAAUGGUAUAUAUAGAAUAUAUAGAAUUAAAAAAAUGGAACAAGCAAUUUCAAAUCAAUUUGAUUAUCGACAAAUGGUUGGAUCAGGACCACAAUAUGAAUACACUAGAGUAUAUCCUCAAGCUGGUGCAACUCAAACAACAGUUUAUCAAGGAGGAAAUGACACUAUAUUUGAAAUACCACCAACCAAAGCAUUCAAUUUAAGUAGGUCAUGGUUUUCAUUUACAUUUACAUUACCUGCAACAAAUAACAAGUUUGGAUUUGUAUUUACAGAUUUUACUCCAUUCUUUAGACAGAUACAGAUCAACAAAAAAUUAAAUAAUACACUCAACACUUUCAACUCUGCAGUAAAUACAGCAAAUCAAUCUUAUAUUCCUUGUUAUUCUUGUAACACUUUGGUAAAUAUGAAUCCAAGAUAUGAUGGCACUUCAUGUGAUAGAGCAUUUACUGUACCAGACUAUUUAUCUUCAGGCUUUGCGGCCAAUACAGCAGUUAAUUUAAAUGUAACCAUUCCAUUCAACGAAUUAUACGAAUCCAUUUUAUCAUUGGACAAGGAUAUUAUGUUGAAUGAAACAUUAUUGGUUAGAUUUGUUUGGUCAGAAUUACCAAAUAUUGGUUUUGGUGCAGAUGCCUCUCUUACUCCCCAAACAAACCCAGUUGCUUUAACUGCUCCUGCUGGACCCAAUGUACAAGAAGGUUUCUCUUUACUUAUUCCUUAUUGUUAUACUACAACAGCAUCACUUACAGGUACAAAUCAGCCGGUAUCAUUAAGAUUAAAUAGACUAAAUGGUAUUACUUUGGAAAGAAUUUAUCAUAGUUUAUUUGUUACUGCUUCAGUUGCAAACUCUGCCAUCUACAACAACAAUGUGGCUGCGACAAAUUUGGAACAUUUUUACACCAAUAUUAAUAAUACAAGGCGAAUGCAAUACGAUUAUUAUCCAAUUGUAAAUGAUGAUUAUAAAGCAUUGCGAGACAAAUUGAUAGAUUCAACAAUUCAAACACCAAAUAUUCACAACUAUAAUUGGUGUUGGUUGGAUAGAUUUGAUGAUGGAUCAUUUGGUUUGUUAGAUGAAAAUAUUGUUUCUGGUAUUGAUUUAAAUCUAGGAGAGGUUAAAUGGGAUUUUAUUGCAUUUUUAAGUGUUGCAACCAAUCUUACUCAUCAAUCAACUGUGGAAAAUGAAAUUCAACAAACAGACAAUUAUUAA